GCGUAGAGUAGUGGCUGCAGGGAGCGGUGCCUGUGCAGGAGGUGGUUCAGGGAGGGCUCCGGCUCGGGGUGUGCCAGGAAGUGUUACCUGCCGGAGCUGCUGCUGUCCCCGGGGAGGUGUGCGGGAGCCGGGGCACGAAUCAUGCCUCUGGGACUGAGAGCCAGGAAGAAAGCCCGGAGCAGAGAGGGGUCUCCGCGGCUGGUGGAGAGCGAGGCCCCCGCGCCCAGUGCGGCCGCUCCUCAGCCCCCGAUCACCCUGCGGCCGCGGCUCGUCUUCCACACGCAGCUCGCGCACGGCAGCCCCACGGGCAGGAUCGAGGGAUUCACUAACGUGCGGGAGCUCUACGCCAGGAUCGCCGAGGCCUUCCACAUCAGCCCCGAGGAGAUCCUGUUUUGCACUCUGAACACCCACAAGAUCGAGAUGGAGAAGCUGCUGGGGGGGCAGAUCGGGUUGGAGGAUUUCAUCUUCGCUCACAUCAAAGGGACCAAGAAAGAAGUCGAAGUCAUGAAGUCCGACGAUGCUUUAGGACUCACCAUAACCGACAACGGAGCGGGGAUCGCCUUCAUAAAGCGUAUUAAAGCCGACAGCACCAUAGACCGAGUAAAAGUCAUCAGCGUCGGCGAUCACAUAGAAGCCAUCAACGGGAAGAACAUCGUCGGGACGCGGCACUUCGACGUCGCCAAGAUGCUGAAAGAUCUGGAAAAAGGCAAACCCUUCACCUUAAAACUCAUAGAACCUUUAAAAUCUUUUGAAAUGAUUGAGCCGAGAACGCGGGGAGGGAAAACCAGCGACGGUAAAAUCUCCAGCGGCAGAGAAACGCUGCGGCUGCGCUCGCGAGGACCGGCCACGGUGGAAGAAAUGCCGAACGCCUUCGAGGAAAAAGCCAUCAAAAAAGUGGACGACCUCCUGGAGAGCUACAUGGGCAUCCGGGACAUAGAGCUGGCCGCGACGAUGGUGGAAGCCGGACGCGAUAAGGAGAACCCCGAUGAGUUCGCCGUGGCCCUCGACGAAGCGCUCGGCGACUUUGCCUUCCCCGACGAGUUUGUGUUUGACGUCUGGGGGGCGAUCGGAGACGCGAAGCAGGGGCGCCUUUAAUGCCGGUCGCCCCGAUUGGCCGGUGUGAUUCCAGAAAACAAACAGAAUCCUUUUUCUGAAGAAACAUUCGAUUCGGACGAUUUCUGCACAAACCGUA